UUCUUUAAAACCUACCUUUUAAAUGUCUGAAGAAAAAAUACUGCAGCACGCAAUUAAUCAGAACUUCAGAUUCUAUUCUUCAGAGGAACCUGAAAGAAAACCCAAAAACUGGGUCACUGGUGAAAAGCUUGACAAGCCAAGUAAAGCUCUUAUUGAGAUUGGGCCUUCUCAGGGAGAUGCUGACCCUAUUCUAGGGAUGGCAGGCUCCUUGACUGCUGGAUUAUCUGAAGAGUCACAGAAGAUUAAAUCGCUUCUUAAACAGUUCAGGCAAGUGAAUUUACCACCAGUUGUGCGGCCUUUAAACAAAACUUUAAUCAAAAGCAAUCACUGGAAAACCACAGAUGAGAUGCAAGAGAAACGAAGAUCUUUCCUUUAUGAUUUCUGCAAAAGGUACAUUGGCAAAAGCAGACCCCGGACUCACCUUAUGCGCAUGGUGUCCAGAAUCUAUGUGGAAGAUAAGCACAAAGUCUUGUAUUGUGAGGUGCCCAAGGCAGGUUGUUCCAACUGGAAGCGUGUUUUGAUGGUACUCAGUGGCGUUGCUGAUUCUGCUGCUAACAUUACGCAUGAUGCUGCACACUAUGGAAAGCAUCUCAAGAAACUAGACAGCUACAGUCUAAAAGGGGUCCACAAGCGUUUAAAGACGUACACCAAAGUUAUAUUUGUACGGGAUCCCAUGGAAAGAUUAGUGUCUGCAUUCAGAGAUAAGUUUGAACAUCCAAACAGCUACUACCACCCUGUAUUUGGGAAGGCAAUUAUUAAGAAAUACAGACUUAAUGCAGAUAGAGUGGCAUUGACAACGGGCUCAGGAGUGAAAUUUAAAGAGUUCAUCCAGUAUUUGUUAGAUUCCCAUCGGCCAGUAGGUAUGGACACUCACUGGGAACAGAUCAGCCAACUCUGUUAUCCUUGUGCUAUCAACUAUGAUUACAUUGGAAAAUUUGAGACUUUGGGAGACGAUGCCAAUUAUUUUUUGAGACUAAUAGGUGCACCAGAGGGGCUGACUUUUCCUAAUUUCAAAGACAGGCAUUCCAGUGAAAAAAGAACAAAUUUAGAAGUUGUCAGACAAUACUUGGCAGAAAUUUCCACCACAGAAAGAGAGCAGAUUUACAACUUUUAUUAUCUGGAUUAUUUAAUGUUUAACUACAGUAUACCAUAGUGAGUUGGUUUGGUUUAGUAUGUAAGCAAUUUUUACCAUUUAGUUUGGGAGCAGAAGAAACGCAACAAGUUAUGAGAAGAAAAUUAAUUGCACUGAAAUGUCUGGACAGAAAAACACUAAGAAACAUUAAGAAAGUUUUAGAGUCUUCAAACCAAUGUAUCUAAAGGGAAUAAACCAAGCAUUCAAAAUGUCUGAAAUGGCAUGACAUUAUUGUAUCUAUUCAUGUUUCAUGAAUGUAUUUUUGUAUUUCCAAGGAAAUAUCAAGUAAAAACUAGCUUUCUUAACAGAUUUGUAUGUUGUAUAUCAAGCAUUCAUAGAACAUCAAAAUGUACUGUUGGGGUUGGAUUGGUUGUCAGUAAGCAAGUACAGCUUUGUGCAUGCAUAGGACCUUGUUAGAAAUACAAUGGCUGUACCAGUCAUAGGAACUUAAGAAGUAGCUCAUCUAGUCCAGCAUCCUGUUCUCACAGUGGCCAACCAGAUGCCUAUGAGAAGCCCAAAAGCAGGACUAGAGCACAACAGCAUUC